AUGACGUGUAAGUUACCUCAUCAUACUGUUCUUCAUUUUGAUCGAAAUAUCAAAACUAGUGAAAAUGAGAAACCAAAACAAACUUCCUCACUCUCCCCCAGAGCCGAAGUGUUCUUACCAAAGAAUGAAGUCGUUACAAAUGCCACAACAUGUACAGGACAAUUUAGUUAUUCUAAAGGUGAAGCAAAACGUGUAUUACUGUGUACUGCUCUCAUUAAAGUUAGUGAUUCCAAUGGUAAAGCCAUCCCUUGCAGGGCUUUACUAGACUGUGGCAGUGAAGCCAGCUUUAUAAGUGAAGAGUGUGUCAGUAAACUAAAGUUAGGUAGAUUUAACAAAAAAAUUGAAGUAUCGUGCCUUGGUUCGUUCAACACUGUAACAAGUGGAGAAGUGGAAUUAAUUUUUACCCCGCACUUUGAGUCAAAUUCCAAAUUUCGAACAUAUGCAUUCGUGAUUCCAAGGAUAACUUCAGAUGUGCCUAACGUGUCGCUUCCUUCUAAAAUUGCGAAUCAUUUUGACGAUCUAGUCUUAGCUGAUCCUAAGUUCUAUGAAAGAAAACCUAUAGAUAUUUUGUUAGGUGUAAAUGUAUUUUUUACUAUGCUUAAGGGAGACAUCAUAAAGAGAGGAGAAUCAUUACCCUUUGCAAUUUGUUCUCAGUUGGGUUGGAUCAUUUCCGGGAACACUAUUACUGAUGAUUCGAAUCUAACUAACACUUUUACAGUGAAUAAUCUUCAGUUGAAUACAAACGAAUUAGUUGAAAGAUUUUGGUCUUUAGACUCCAUUCCUGAAGUCAAACGUAUUUCAAGUGAAGAUAAAAAAUGUGAAGAGUUCUUUAAAACAACACACUUCCGUGAUCAAAAUGGUCGUUAUGUAGUGAAACUUCCAUUUAAGGAUAACCCUUCAAGGUUGGGUAAUUCUAAAGAUCUUGCUUUACAAAGAUUUAAAUCUUUAGAGAGAAAUCUCUUAAGAUCUCCUGAUACAUAUGAUAUGUAUAAACAUUUCAUGAAGGAAUACUUGGAUCUCGGGCACAUGGAACCAGUCCGUAGUUCAGAGUCCCCAAGUCAGGCAUACUACAUGCCACAUCAUGCAGUAAUUAAGGAAUCUAGCUCUACGAGUAAAAUACGUGUGGUAUUUAAUGCUACUAAUGAUUGUUUGGUAGGUGCUCAAAACACUGAAGAGUGCAAAAAUCUAGUAAAUCAACUCUUGCAAAUGUUAGAACGUGGAGGAUUUCUUCUGCGUAAAUGGUCAUCCAAUGACUUGUCAGUGUUAGAGAAUAUACCCCAGGAGUUGAGAAAUGAUUCUGAGGCUAUGAAAAUUCAAGACGAUAGCUCAAUCAAAGUUUUAGGAAUUAAUUGGAACCCCCGUGAAGACUACUUUAACUUUUCCGUAUCCAUUUCUGGUGAAAAAGUUUAA